CGGGGAAGCGCACGGGACCCGCGCAGUACUUGUGAAGAAUAUGUGACGUAAGCGACACGUGUCCAACUAAUCACUUCUUGUCGUCUUCCCUCUGGGAUUUACUCUUCCUUCUUCCGUCUCCACUUCCCCAAUUCAUUCUCGAUCUCCCCCAAAUUCCCUCCUGCAACAUGACAAAUCUGCUUUCCACCGCCGUUGACGUUUCCAAGAACCCCAAGUCUUCCAAAUUACAGCCUUUACCUUUCUCUCCUUCUCCCUCUUUUUCCUCGCCAGCCGCUUCUUUUCUCCCUCCUUCUCCCUCUCCUCCACCGCAACUAUCACUCCAAUUCCCGCUCCGACUUUGUUUUCCCAACCGCCGCCCAGGGGAUUUCCCCCUCCUCCUCCGCCGCCGCCGCCGCCACCGCCGCCGCCACAUCCCUCGGUUAUCUGGUUGGGGUUAAUCGAUGAGAAAGGAAUCAUGUCAGACAGCUUUGACGCCGAAGGAUUUGACUCGGACGUGACUGACGAAAUCAGGGAUUCCAACCAGAAUGAAGAGGAAAUAGAGAGUAAGAACAAUGAGGUUCGCGUUAGGGUUGACAAGUACAAACCGUGCGAUCAAAGCAAGAGAGAUUACGUACCGUGUAUGGGCAACGAAGAAGAAAUCAGCAGACUCAAUGGAAGCGACCGAGGAGAAAGGUACGAGAGGCACUGCCCGACUAACCGCUUGGAUUGCUUGGUUCCUCUGCCCAAUGGCUACAAGAUCCGCAUUCCCUGGCCCGACAGUCGAGACGAGGUAUGGUUCAAUAAUGUGCCUCGCACUAGUUUGGUGGAUGACGAAGGUGACCGGAACCGGAUAGCAGUAAAGGAUGAUAAAUUCAUCUUUCCAGGAGGUGGGUCUCAGGUUAUUCACGGGGCUGAUCAGUAUUUGAAUCAGAUUUUGCAGAUGGUUCCCGACAUUGCAUUCGGACAACGCACCCGAGUUGCCUUAGAUAUUGGUUGUGGAGUUGCAAGUUUUGGUGCCUUUUUGUUCCAGCAUAAUGUGACUACUCUGUCCAUAGCACCAAAAGAUAUACAUGAGAACCAGAUUCAAUUUGCACUGGAACGCGGUGUGCCUGCAAUGAUUGCAGCAUUUGCUACUCGCAGAUUACCGUACCCAAGCCAAGCUUUUGACUUGAUUCAUUGUUCGAGAUGCAGAAUUAAUUGGACUCAUGAUGAUGGAAUUUUGCUUCUUGAGGCUAACAGGAUGCUCAGGGCAGGAGGGUACUUUGUAUGGGCUGCGCAAUCUGUAUAUAAGCACGUAGAGAAACUACAGGAACAGUGGAAAGAAAUGACAGACCUUACCACUCGAAUUUGUUGGGAGCUUGUAAAGAAAGAAGGAGAUAUUGCUGUGUGGCAGAAGCCUUUAAACAAUAGCUGUUAUAUUAAUCGCAAAGCUGGAGUGCAGCCUCUGUUAUGUGCUCCCCAGGAUGAUCCCGACCAUGUUUGGUACAUUGGUUUGAAGCCAUGCAUAACUCGACUUCCUGAAAAUGGUUAUGGGGGUAAUGUUACUACAUGGCCUGCACGUCUUCACUCUCCACCUGACAGGCUUCAGAGUAUAAAAAUGGAUGCUUACACAUCCAGAAAGGAAGUAUUCAGAGCAGAGUCAAAUUAUUGGAAUGAAGUAAUAGAUAGCUAUAUCCGUGCUUUCCGUUGGAAAGGAUUCAAACUACGGAAUGUGAUGGACAUGAGAGCUGGACUUGGCGGGUUUGCAGCAGCAUUAAAUGAUCUGCAGAUUGAUUGCUGGGUUAUGAAUGUUGUUCCUGUCAAUGGUUUCAAUACCUUGCCUGUUAUUUAUGACCGUGGACUUGUAGGAGUCAUGCAUGACUGGUGUGAGCCAUUUGAUACUUAUCCCAGGACAUAUGACUUACUGCAUGCAGCAGGCCUGUUCUCCAUCGAAAAGAAGAGAUGCAAUAGCUCAAUCAUCAUGCUCGAGAUGGAUCGAAUGCUAAGACCUGGGGGACAUGUUUAUAUAAGAGACUCCGUAGAUGUUAUGGGUGAACUACAGGAACUAGCAACUGCCAUGGGAUGGGCAGCUGGACUGCAUCCCACAAGUGAAGGCCCCUACGCAAGCUGGAAGAUUUUAAUAUGUGAGAAACGCAUGUGACAUGCCUGGCAUCCUGGAAGCUGGAGAAAACUACAUGCAUCAUUCCUUUUGCCACAAACUGGGAUGAAUUAGAAAUUGAAUGCUAUCAUACAUAGGGGAUGUGUAAUUCUAUCUGUAGACUUUCAGCAUAAUGGUAAGGUUCAGAAUCUCAUUGGAAUAAUAUGGCGGAGACGGGGGUGUCUUAUGGAAAUAGGAAAACAGAAGGGAAUGGUUUUCUUUUUUCAAGUUCGUUUGUUCUAAUUUGUUGCCAAUUGGUAGGGCUAGGGAGUUUGUAUAAUGUUGAAUACUUAAUUGUACAGACACGGGGUUUGGCCCCAAUUGUCAGUUCUCCCCUACCAUAUUCUGUGGGUGAGUCCUUGAUCUAACUGGAGCCAGAGUUUUUCUUCUUUCAGGGUGACAUAUUAUUUGAGGAUUUAUGGGAACAGUAAGGAAUAAAUAUUAAAGAGCCACUGUACUCUUUAAAUUUUCAA